UUUGUAUUUUUUGUAUUUUUUAGUAUUUUUUGAGUUGUGAGGCUUGAAAGUUAAUUUUUCAAGAAAUACACUUUAGAUCAAAAAAUAAAAAAAAAAACAGGUUUGAUAUUUUUUUAAAUGCUGUGUAAUAAUGGCUAUAUUUUUGCAUCAUACCGCCGGCUUUAGCGUUACCCGAUGUACACCGCGAGGAGGUAGCACAAUCGGAUUUUGUACAUCAUGUAGCCCUUAAAAGGGCUGAUGUUAUAAUUGAUCUUUUUAAGCAAUAAGAUGCUCAAAAGUGGCACCGUUAACCUGUUGACAAAGCUGGAUUCGGCGUUGAAAAUGAGUAACAGUAUGCAGAAGUACUCAGAAGUCAGGAGCAGACUUCAAAAAGUUUUCAUCAUUUUGAAUUUGCUGUACUGCCCACUGACAAAACAAUUGCCGUUCUUCGUGAUCCUGCUCAUUUAACGCUUGGUUCAAGGACACAUGAGUGUUUACAUUGUAUCCACACUGUAUCCACGUUACAUCCAAGUAGUUACAUUUGAACCUUAAAGUCAAUAAAGUCUUUUGUUUUGUGUCUUCCUUGUGUGUGAAAGUUUUCAUUAUCUGUUGCUUCGAUUUCUGAACAAAUUGUUAGAUUUACAUCAUCUGAGAAUCGGGCGGAAUGGGUGAUUAUUCUUCAAAUAAAAUCGUGGAUAUUCUCCUUGUUCUAAGAGAAUGCCACCGUUUUUAUAAAAGAGCAGUAAUAUUGUAUCGUAGACGAUAUCCUAUGCGAUUGCAUCACCAGAAUGCUUCCGCAAUUCGCAAAAUUGAAUCAAGAAUUCGAAGAGGAAAUAUUCGGCGUCAACGAAAACGACGUAUGAUCGACGAUUAUCGUAUGAAUGCGCGCUUUCUUACAGUUUUGGCGGCAGUUCAUUUAAACCUUAACAUAUCAACGCGCCAAAUUCAAAUUCAAAUUGGUAUCCCAAGAGAGACUGCGCGAAGAUACUUGAAAGUCGUGAAGUACCACCCAUACCAUUUGUCCUUAAAUCAAGCGUUAAAUGAGCAGGAUCACGAAGAACGGCUAUUGUUUUGUCAGUGGGCAGUACAGCAAAUUCAAAACGAUGAAAACUUUUUCAAGUUCGUAAUGUUCUCUGACGAAGCCACAUUUCACAGUGAUGGAACAUUGAAUCGACACAACAGUCACUAAUGUGGGCAUCCAAUGUGGGCCUCCGUGAACCCACAUUGGAUGCAGCAAAUAGAUCAUCGACACCGCUGGACCGUCAAUGUGUGGUGUAGAAUUGUAAAUGGCUAUCUCAUUGGUCCCUAUUGUUUUGAUAACACUGUCAACGGUGAAAGUUACUUUCGACUGCUAAGAGACGAUCUUCCAUUUUUGCUAGAAAACGUUGAUCUGAAUACAAAAAUGAGAAUGUGGUUUCAGCAAGAUGGUGCUCCUUCACAUUUUGCACACGUCGUGAGGAACUACCUUAAUGAAAUGUAUCUUGAAAAGUGGAUAGGCAGAGGAGGUCCAAUUAAGUGGCAACCAGAUUUAACUGCUCCUGACUUCUACUUGUGGGGCUUCCUCAAAGACUACGUCAAUAUAGAAAGACCAACCACCAGAGCCAAUUUUUUUACAACCAAUUUUAAUAUAAAAAUUUAUUCGCAAAGUAUGACAGCUAAAUUCUAAGUCAACAAUUUUAGAUACAUUAUUCAUCGAACUUUUAUUUAAUGUUAAAUGGCAUAUAACGCUAAUCUUAUCGAUUUAAUAUGUAUAAUAUUUUACAUAAUACGUUGUUAAGAGUCAACACUGUUUAAUUUUUAUUAAAGAUGGUAUAAAGUACGAUAAUUAUUUUUGUUUACCAAAUUAAAAUAAAAUAUUAAUAAUCUUUUUUAUAUUAUCAUUAUAUUUUACUAAAGUAACGAAGGGUACCAGAAUAGUGAAGUAAAAUAAAAGUAUACUUAAAACACGUACUCUUAAGCAAAUUUUAUUUGAUUAAUAUUAUUUUUUUCUUAGUGAACCAUUAUUUCAGCAAGAAAAGCCAUAUUGCUUUGGUCUCAUAAAGGCGAAUGAAUCUCUUUGGGAACAGUUCAUGCAAGCACAACAGAGAACAUUCAAAUCUCAAGGGCAGUUUCUUAGUUGUUCAGAGAAUUUACACAUUCUUGAAAAACAUUCAAAUUUUUGUUCCAAAUAUGUAGGAUCAUAUUCCCAUGAUCUCUUCAAUAAUAUGUUCACAAUUUUUCCAACUACUGAUGUAGCGAUUAAAUUUUUUAUUAAUAAUCACGAGAAUUUUAAUAUGUUUUACAGUAUCCAUGAACCAUUAAUUCUUCAGAGAAUUAUUAACAAUAGUUUCAGGGAAGAGGAACUUGACAAGAUAAAAGCAUUUGCUGAACAAUAUGGAAUAAAUAUACAAACGGAUUUAAACAACAGGAAAACAAUCUUAGACAAAAUGAACAAUAAUUUGUCAAAAUUCCUUGGUGUUUUAAAAAAUAUACAGUCAAUCAAUACGUUCAGCAAUGAUAUAUCAUAAUCAGAUUUAAUCCAGGUUUAAAAUGAAAGAAUGAAAA